AUGGAUUCAUCGGCUGUGUUUUUUGCAUUGGCCUUAAUCAUAGGUUAUAUAUUCCUCAGAUGGACAAUCCCUACAGUCCCAGAAACCAAUGAUUUCAACAUAGACAUGUCAACAUUGUCUAAAGACGCGGAUGAAGAAACCACGUCCUCCUCAUUGAGUGGAACAUCGUCUGCAAAAAGUCGAAAUAAAAGACCAGUCACUGAUUCAAUGAUUGAAGUUGUUCAAACAAUUGCUCCUAACUUGACGGUAGAGCAAAUCCGUGCAGACCUAGAGAAGAGUGGAUCUGUAGAAGCAACUAUUGAUAAUUUCAUGGCAAACGGGGACUUGCCACACCCUCGGAACCAAAAAUCGACAAAGGAGGAAUAA